UUUAUUGGAUGCCAACCGCCGUUAAACCUCAACAAAGAAGAAGCAACGUCACAUCCUUUUUCACCAUGGCGGCUGAUUUAACUCCGAGGUUUAGACGAUUGAACAGUCAAACACGGAGCCUUCGUGAAAAUGUUCAACCAGGAUUCUCUGGGCCCUUCCACGCUACACAGCUGUGGCACAACAUCAUCCAGGCGCUGCAUACACAGGUGGAGGUGCGACGACGGCGGCGCCACCUGUGUGUGCACCCUGACUGCUUCACAGGCUCGGAUGCAGUAGACGCUGUGCUCAGCUACUUGAUGCAGAACGUCUUCUUCUGUGCCAGCGAGGUGUCACGCCUCAAGGCCGCCAGGCUCUGCCAGGCGCUCAUGGAGGCCAAGGUGUUUGAGGCGGUGGGCACCAAGCUGUUCCGCCGGGACAAGGAGGCCACUUUCGAGGACACGAGCUGCAGCCUCUACCGUUUCCAGGACUGCGGCUCGCUGCCCGGCUCAGCCAGGAAGGCUGGGAAGGAUGGGGACACAGAGAACAUGGCCCCCGAGGACUUAGUGAGGAAGAGGAAGAAAGGCUCUAGACUGAGUGAGCUGAGGACCAUCUCCAACCCCCUGGCGCUGGGCCCCUCAGACCGGAGGGUGGAGAGGCUGCUGAAGAUCAUCAACCUGCAGCCCUCCCUCCCUAAAGCCAUUACCAAAGCCCCCACCACCAUCUUCCUUUCAAAGACAGUGGUGGAGGAGGUGUGGAAGCAGCAGACGGUGGAGCUACCCGUGCUGGACUGCAUCCUGGCGACUCCGACCCGGGGGGCCCAGCCCCACCCCCAGGCUGCCGCCCUGCAGCUGCUGCAGAGCCACCACCAGGACCUGGUCAUCUCCAACACCUGCCUGGACCGUGAGCUGCCCCAGACCCUCAACCUUCCUGAGCUGGACGCAUGGCUGGUGGCAGCCGCUGACUGCCUGGAGCUCUUCCCUGACCAGCUGAUCGUGUUGGCGGGGGAGCACCUCCUCCAGCAGGGCAGCACCACAGAGGGGGCAGAGAGGCUGAGCGGCCAGAAGAAACUGCUGUUUGACACCAUGGCCAAGCACUACGGAGGCCAGGAGAGGUCCCCGCUGCUCACCGGACGCUACCUGGACAUCCACACGGCCAUACUGGACCUGCUGGACUGUGGGAAGGUGGAUGAUGCUGUCAGGGCCUAUCAGCUGUGUCUGCAUCUGCUGGAGCCUGCUGGGAGAGAUGAGCUGAGGAGGCUCCUGGCCUUCAUGGCCGCAGCAGCCCAUCCGGAUGCAUGCCGUCUGCACAAACAGACAGACAACAGGGCCCUGGUCAGCAGGAUGUUUCUGAAGGCCGUCGUGCAGACUAAAGAGCUAUCUCGUACCCAGAGCGAGAGGCUGCUGCUGUUUCUGAUGGACAACCACACUCAGCUCUUUAAGACCCCCACAUCUCUGAUUGAUGCUGUGAGGAGAACGCUGCAAAUUCUGCAGCAAGGAAGAGAUCCGACAUUGCGAGUGAGUUCAAUCCAACUUGAGUACAUUCAGCCCCACUUGAUACAUCAUUUUAGGACUUGGUGAUCUACAGUAUAUGCCCUUUUGUGCUUAUGCUAUUAUCAUAACAGUACUACAUAAAAUAGUGAGUCAUCCCUAAUCUUCAGUAAUGAMAUAAACCACCAUCAGUGUCGUGUUCACUAGGCACGAAAUGAAAUAAAACCGACUGAAACGGGCAGGAACUACCAAUGAGAAGCACAUUUUUCCGUGAUGCAUUCCCUAAUAAAUACACCCCUGUAUUGACYCCCUUCUCCUCAUCCUGUGUUGCAGUGUUUACAUUCUGCCAUCAGGUGUCGCUGCAGCAGUAUGAGGAUCAUACCCUGGAGAGCCUAAAGCAGCUGAUCAGGGACAUCAGCCUGAGCAAGGCCCUGUCUGUCAAGGAGGAGGAGGCUGGUCAAGGAGUUCCAGAAGCMCCAUCCCAUAGUCUUCCUCCAGCACUUCUCCUCCAUUUUCUAGGGGGGGAAAGGGAAUGUAAUGAGUGGUGGUAGACCCAAUCCAAAAUCAAACCUUACCCCUGCCAUGCAUUUGUAGAUUUGGAAGGAUUGGAUUAGUUAUAAGCAAUUCCAGGUAUAAGUGUUCCACUUACCAAWCAGAGGGUAAGGUCAUUCCAGGGCCAUGUUCAGUUGCUAAAUGUUCUUGAACGUUACAGAUUGAAAUGAGCCGAUGUGAUUCCUUAUUCUACAUGUCAGAGUCAUGUUUGAUCUACAUAGUGUAUUUAUUAUCUGAACGAUCAAUCCUGCUGAACAUGCCCCUGGUCUACACAAGGGCAUACUGCAUAGAGGGUGGGCCUAGGGGUUGAUUUUGGAAUUGGGCAGUAGGGAUCCUUGUCGCCUUAACAAGCGCGUUUGUUCUUCGUUAUGCCAACAUUUUCCACAGUGCUGGCAAUAGUUUUGUUCCAAGACAGGAUAUACAGUAAGUUUUUGCCAGGUGAUUAUCAGGACUGUUUGCGCUUUACAUGGGAUGAAAUUACUAUUUUAGUUAGUGUUAUCUUUUAGUGAUGUUACUCUUACGAGGCUUUGCUUUUCAAGUGUUCUUAUGACUCCGGCUUCAGGAAUGCAUUUGCACUAGUUUGUAGGCCAUAGUAUGUUAGUGGUAUGACAGUAGCAAUUGUUUUGUUCUAACAAGGAGAGAUGCACUUACCCAGGUGGCUCAAGGGUUUAUUUCUGGUGAAUGAGAGCAUUCUCUGCUUUCCGUAGCUGAUGCCUGUCAGGAAAACCUUUGAUUUUGUUGAAAUCGACACAGAGGGGAAUGUGUAAUGUUGGUGAAACAUUUAUCUAAAACUAACAGGCAUAGGAUCUAACUGAAUUUAUUCAGGGCUGGUUUUGGUAUCAAGUAUCUAGUUUUCUCAGGUAGAUUUAUAUUUAGGUACUGUAAAUAGAAGUUUAGGCUGGAUAUUAAGCUUGAACAGGAAUCUCUUUAGACGAAUAAGCAUUACACUUUAUUUCUAUACCUUAAAUGAAAUUUAACACACCUAUUGUGUUGACAGUCUUAACAAAUGACGUAUUGUUUUGGAUUUCGUUGACUGCAUCUUAUAACUGGUAAGGGAAUAACGCUGGUAAAUGUAACACUACUUUUAUAUCUGUACAUUUUCUGUUGGGGACAAACGGAAUUAUUUGAAAUGGUAUUCAUUUAGUUAUUUGUGGAACUGUUUCCCACUGCUGUCAAGAACCYAUUUCAUAUCUGUUAAUCACAUAGUUGACACUAACUAUUCUAUUGGAUUGUAAUAGGCUUUGAUUGCAUGGGUUUGCAAGUUUAAUCAUAAGGUGGAAUGUUUAAAAUGCAGCCAAAAGUUUUUACUUUUGUAGUUUGUUGGUGGUCUUACAAAUGAAUGCUUUGUCUCAAAUAAGUGCCAUGUUUUUAGCCUAACUUGAAGUCUGAGUGAAUUAACUUAUUGAAAUGAGUGUAAAUCAUACAAUCCAGGGGUGUGAAAAUUAGUUUCUAUUGGACAAAUUCAAAUGGGUCCCUGUUCGUUUCCGUUUUCCUCUGUGUGGUUCCUAGUGAAUACACCCCAGGUUACUUUUUGUGAGUAUUACAUUGUUAAUUAAGUUGUUGCAUCAUUGUUAUAACGUUUUAAAUUCUAGAGCAUUUUCUGUACUGCUGCUGUAUGUUGCUGCCUAGUUUUUAGCUUUACAUAUCUUAGUCAACAGAAUAGUACACACGAUCUGUAAAGUUGCCGAUUCAGGUUUUAUAGUUAAUACGUUGAAUUGUUUUGAAAUGCACUUUGUUGAAAAACUAUUAAAUACAGUACAAUAAGACUUUCAUUAAACAUCAUUGGAA